AUGACGGAAAUGAGUGAGUACAAAAUUCGAGUGACUACUGUCGAUCAGAAAGUGGGAAUUUUCCAGGUUGCACGAGACAAAACAGUUUUGGAUCUGAAAAACAUUAUCGCUCCUACCUUUGAAGCACCCGUCGAUCGUCUCAAGCUGAUUUAUGCUGGAAGAGUUUUGCGAAACGAAACAAUUCUAUUUACUAUUCUGAAUGAUGUUACCGAUCUGGUAACUUUUCAUCUGGUUAUAAGCAUAAUCAGUAGCUUACCUCUGUCUUCAAGCGCUCCCACUGAGCAGAGUUUUUCGCAAUUGGCUCCAUUCCCUAGACAACAAGAAGCUCAUCCUCCUUCGUCUUCUUCUCUCUCCGUUCAGCCAUCACGAACGAUAACCAGUUUGAAUCCUGAAGAGCUCUCUCAGCGCGAGCGAGCUCAACAUUUAUUCUCAAAUUAUCAGCGCGUCGGAAGAACUGCUGGAAUUCACGGAAUGUUCCCAAAUAUGAUUCAGCGUAUUGAAAGCAGCGGACUAGUGCCAUCUGCCCCAUCUAUGCCACAAACCCAAGACAGUAUUCCAAACAAUUUACCUUCUCCUAAUGAAUCUUCUAUGAAUCCUUUUAUCCAGCUUUUAAGCUCUCAGCGACAAAUCCCCAUCCCCAACCCAACUACUACGACUACAACUUCCGUAACAUCUGUUCCCGAUCGCAACGUCACUAUGGUUGUUGCAUCAAGCGUACAGGGUCGAAAUGGUACACCACAUACAAGUCCUAUACCGAAUGGUAUAUCCACCCUUCCUUUUGGUCAAAAUAAUGGAGGAAACUCCCCCCAAAUACCCGCAAAUCAUGCUUCUCCCUCUCCUGAAAGCAAUACACAACGAUUGCCGACUGUUGACAAUCUUCUGCAUACUGAUCAUCUCCAUAGGCCUUCCUUUGUUGGUAACUUUUCUUCGCCACCCGUUUCAAGUAAUCCCCAGAGGCUACCUAAUGAAUUACCCGGACGUUUUUCAGUAAACUCCCAUCCACAUGCCGGUUCCCUAAAUUUGCCUUUUACAGGUGGUAAUUUAACUUCUACCGGUGGCUUUACUACAGAUGCUCCUCAGUUGCUUCCGAUAUACUAUCAAACUGUAUUUUAUAAUGGAUCUUACUAUUUACAGCAAAUGCCCUCUACCAAUACUUUCUCUCCUUUGCCAUUUCAUCCUGUGGGAUCGGGACUUCCCCCUGUUAUUUCACCUUAUGGUAUUAUGCAGAAUCAACAAACAGGCGAAUGCGCAUACUUAUUAUCCCCAAGUUCUGAACGUUCUUCUUUACAAGUGCAACCAAUGACUUUUCAGAAUCUGAGACGCUUCCAACUAUUUACAUCUAGUGUAUUAUCUCCUUUUACCCAUACCUUUGAAAAUAUAAGAAGACAUUUUCGUUUAUUUAUUCGUCUGGCUUUAUUCUGUGCCUUGGCUACUUAUAAUGACUCUUUACCGCAUACCAUGCUAUUAACGUCCAUUAUGGCUUUCGUUUUUCUUCUACAGGCUGGCGCACUUAGCCCGAUUAUUAAUGAAAAUCGAACACUGCAAACAGCUUUGGAAUAUGUUCGAAAUGUUCAGAACGAAUAUCGUCAACGUCGUAGUGGAAGCAACCCUGAGGUUAUUGAAGUUGCGAAUGCCCCGCCGAGUGAAAAUCAAGAAAACGUAACUUCAGAAACGCAGCGAAGAAGGACGGAUACAGAAUAUACUCGACUUCAAAGGUUUCUUAGAUCCGUAAGGGGUACCAUGAUUGCUUUUGCUUCAAGUUUUGUCCCAAGAAGCUAA